UGAGUGUCAGCUACCUGCGAGCCAAGAACUUCUUCUCUGUGGCCCUGACCAACCAGGACAGAGUCACUCCAGUCAGCGAAAAUAAUGUCGAUGGAAAAGCAGCAGGAGCUGUGGACGCUAAGAUACCUGAAGGAGAACUUUUGCUGCAGGUCAGUAAAGGCGUAAAGUGAUCAAAUGAUUAUUUGAAGAUGUCAUUAAAUCCCAACAACUGUUCAUGGGCUGACAACUUCCUCUCAACCAUGUAUUUUGCAAUCUCUGAAAAGUCCCCAAAAUUCUAUUUAGGCCAUCGUCAGAUGCCAAGGUCCUCAUGGUGGCUUUUCCACUCGACACAUCUGGUUUGCUGAGCACUCAUGCAACAAUACUGCACUAUUUUGUGCACUUGUACAGUCUGCCGUUUGCUGAAUAAAAUACUUGUCAUCUGAAGGUGCAGUAAAGCGCUCAGUUUUUGAGAGCGCUUAGAAUGCCCUGCAUCUGUUUGUUUGUCAGCAGGAUAAUACAACAUUAAGACUUGGCCAGUUUUCCAGACUUUUUUGGGGACAACGUCAAGGAGGAAGCCAUUACAUUGUAGGGUAGUUCUACAUGAGCACAGGAGCAGUCGAGAAGAAAAUCAUUUACAACUUCAAUGAUGAGCAAAUCUAGAUUAUGUCUGAGGACUGAUACAAUUGGCUGGUAAUAAAUGAGUGGACCCAUCAGCAUCCUUUUUGGUGAAAAUUUUGGCACAUAGGGGUUUUGAUGUGGUCAGCUGAUGCUGUUUAGUGUUACAGGGAGCUGGCGGUUAUCCCAGCAGAUUUCGGGAACCCAGUGCUGGUUGCCAGUCAGUGACACAUUUUUCACAUUGAUAAGUCUUCACACUCACAUUCACAUUCACUCUGAGUAGGAACUGAACCAACAUUAUCUGGAUGGGAGACAGGCCACUAUACGAGGGGUACUCACAUACAAAUCUUAAAGGGCCACACAUAAUUAUUUCAAUGACGCAAAGGUCCAUUUAUCGAGGUUGGUUAGGCCGUAUGCGAUAAUACUGUGAUAUUCAAAACAAAAUUGUCAUGAACCGCCCUGCAGUCCUAUGGUUGGAGCCUGGGUCGCGCUUUGGGCCAGCUCGCCCUCUCUCUCUCUCCCUUCUCUCUCUUUCCAGCACCUUCCUUGGCCGCGCACCUGACACCAAUCAGCCCUCACUACCACCUGCAUAAAAGCCUGCCAGAUCCCGGGAACUCUCGCCAGAGUAUUGAAGCUUCCCCAGCGUGUUUCCUCCAUGUCCCUCGCCAAGUGGAUUUCUGCCAUCACGCCGCCAAGCCAGCCGCCUGUCCUCGUCACUGUCUGACAUGCAUCUUCUGCCUCAACAACUGCCAGCGCAUCUCAAGGACCAUCUACAUUUUCAUUUUCAAUAAACUGUUCAUCACAACCUCUCAGACUCCGCCUGCUCUUGGGUCCAGUCUCCAUCCGUUCGUGACAGAAUACUCUGGCCACAAAUGGACCCAGCAACCCCGGAGGCGCUAAAACAUGCACUUACCCUCCAAGGCACCCACAUAGGGUGACAAGAAAAGACUCUUCAAGAAAUCAUGGAAUCUCUACACAACAAGUAUCCCUCCUUUCUUCGAAGAUUCAAUCUGAUCACCCCCCAGCUCUCAACGGGUUUGUCCUGGUCAUCACUGCCAGUGGUACCAUCUUCUUCUCUUCUCACACCAUCCAGGAUUACUUGGGCUUCCACCAGACCGACGUGAUGCACCAGAGUGUGUAUGAGCUAGUCCAUACGGAAGACCAACAGGAACUCCGGAGAAACUUACACUGGGCGUUGAAUCCACCUCCUGCAGCUCCAUCCACCAUCUCCCAGGACUCACCACAAGCAAUAUGCUCUUUUGCGAUCAUAGAGCUGGAGCCGGACAGCAGCUCAUCCUUGGUCACCUAUAACCCUGAGCAACUUCCUCCAGAAAACUCGUCAUUCCUGGAGAGGAGCUUUGUGUGCCGCUUCCGAUGCCUCCUGGACAAUUCCUCUGGCUUCCUGGCUCUCAACUUCCAGGGUAGGCUCAAAUUUCUCCACGGACAGAACCAGCGGCAAGAAAACGGAGGAAAGGCGCCACCACAGCUUGCACUUUUUGCCAUCGCAACUCCUCUGCAACCUCCAUCCAUCCUGGAGAUCAGGACCAAGAACAUGAUCUUCAGAACCAAACAUAAGCUGGACUUUACACCGCUGGCUUGUGAUGCAAAGGGGAAGAUAGUCCUGGGGUACACAGAGGCUGAACUGCGGGUACGAGGAUCUGGUUAUCAGUUCAUCCAUGCAGCAGAUAUGUUGUACUGUGCAGAGAAUCAUGUCAGAAUGAUGAAGACAGGGGAGAGUGGACUGACAGUGUUCAGGCUGCUCACCAAGGAGAAUCGUUGGAAAUGGGUGCAGGCCAACGCUCGGCUGGUUUACAAAAAUGGCAAACCCGACUACAUCAUCGCCACCCAGAGGCCCCUUUUGGAUGAAGAAGGAGGAGAACACUUGCGUAAACGCUCCAUGCAUUUGCCCUUUACAUACGCUACAGGCGAGGCCUUACUUUACCAGUCUAACCAUCCCAUUGCGGGCUUCAGAGAUGGUGUUUCUGAAAAGAACGGUAGUAAGUCAAAGAAGAGCCGGACUGACAGGUUGUUGAGGGAUGGUUUGGAUCCAGGCUCACUUCUUGGGGCCCUCAUGAGUCAGGAUGAGUCUGUUUAUGUUUGCCAGCCUGCCCUGGAGCCCAAAAUCUCCUUUCACAGCAGCUUCUUUGGAGACCAAAUGGGCUUCUCUGACUCCAAAUCCAGUUUGCACAGAAGCUGGGAGCCACCAAGCAAUGGUGAUGUGGAUCAAAGCAUCACAGAACAGGGCACCAGCUUUGACCCACUGCUUGCUACUUUGGACUCCCUCUCACUGGAAGGCCAAGGUGUCAUGGAUUCAGAGGAUGGUGGCUGUUCAAACGGGGAGUUGUUUGGAGCGCUGGAGGGUUUGGGGCUGAGCGCUGAGGAUCUGGAGCUUCUCCUGUUGGAUGAGCGGAUGAUUCGAGUUGAGAUAGACCCAGAACGUGUGCCCACCUUGGAUGACCUUCUCACGAAUGAUGAAAUUCUUUCAUACAUCUAUGACUCCAUUGAAGGAAAGACUGAUUCCGCACACCAGGGAGAACAGGUGCCACCUUGUGAUCCCUCAGUGAGUGCAACAACAGUAUUAGUAUCCGAAAGCACUCUCACCUCUGACACCAAUGUGAAAAUGCAGUUUCCUCACCAUAAAUCCCCCAUGGUGGCAAAGGCUCCCAUCGUCCAGUUGUCCCAGCAGAUGCAAAAGCAUCUCAGCAUGUGCUCGGGCAAAGGGGCACACAACUGGGGCCACCAGAGUGAGCAUUUGGCCAAUACAAUAGUCAACGGAGACCUAAUGGAGCAUGUUAAAGCUGCCCCCAAUGGACAAUGGUCAGCCCAAGACAUUCUCAUGAAUGCAGGGAUACAACUGGAACACAUGAACUCACAACAGACUGUUUUCAAUGGCAAGACUUCAGAAAUAGAUGGGGAGCUUCAUCAACAGCAUCAAAGCUACCUUCAGCAGCAGCAGCCCUUGGUUAGGAACCAGCUCUUACAGCAGCGACAUGCUAAACAGAAGGUAACCAACCUAAACGGACUGUGUGGCAUCUCCAGCACAGAGCAGACGGCAGUAAAAUCACAGUGGCAGGACUUUGGCUUCACAGAGAGUCUGGGUCCAUGUCUCAAUAACAGCCAGAAACCUCUUGCAGACACUUCAUUAGAUUCCUGCACGGAUUACAGCAUGCCCAACAUUGACAAUUCGGAUUAUUCCAUGAACGGCGGUGGUUUGUUCGGGAGCAGUACGCUCCAGCACAGGGCCGAGUCUACAGUGUCAUCGUCACAGGGGAUUACCCACAAGCGGCAACAGGAGCCAAUCCCAGUUCCUUUGGCUCAGGUCAUCUCCAGCCUGUCCCAGUGUCCCCCUCCGAAUGCCUCGCUGGAACAAAUCCUGGCAGUCGGCAAACCUUGUCGGCAGUUGGACCAUUACGGCAUUGUGGCCUCGGACAUGCCUCAGGAACCCAGUCAUGGCAAGACGGAGAACGGCCACAUCCUGACCACAGCUUACCCCGCCAUGCCCAAUGGGAAUGGUGCAGUGCCCCCUGCUGUCCAGAUACCCUGCCCGGAGACUUUGUCUGGCCUCCCCGAUCCACCAGCCACCGGCUUCUACCUCUGACCAGCUGGCCCGUGCACUGCAAAUGGGCAGAGGCAUUCAUACAUACACAACCGCGCACACACACACAAACCACACUGAUUGGACCAGCCUUAUAACACACAGAUAAGACAACAAACAAAACUAAUAAAUGCUGUCCUGUUUUUUUUUCAUUUCGUUUUGGCCGAGGGGGUUGAGCGAUUAUUGUAUUAUUUUGAAAGUCAUAUUAUCAUGAGUCCUUUGUUUACAGCAAUGCAGUUAGAGAGUUAUGUGAAUGAAUACAGAUGCGACAGAUGAUUCAGGGUUUUUUAUUUUUUAUUUUAGUGAAGAAGUUGCAGAUGAGCUGACAGGUUUUGAGCCAAGGUAUUUGUCUGCGCUUCAUGAAUGUACAGACACUCAAGCGGAAAAAGGGAGGGAGGCUUUAGCACUAAAUGCAACUUUUACUUUAUCCAUCCAUCCAUCCAUCCAUCCAUUUUCUGAGCCACUUCUCCUCAGUAGGGUCGCGGCCGUGCUGGAGCCUAUCCCAGCUAUCAUCGUGCAGGAGGCGGGGUACACCCUGAACCGGUUGCCAGCCAAUCGCAGGGCACAUACAAACAAACAAGCAUUCGCACUCACAUCCACACCUACGGGCAAUUUGGAGUUGUCAAUUAACCUACCAUGCAUGUUUUUGGGAUGUGGGAGGAAACCGGAGUGCCCGGAGAAAACCCUCGCAGGCACGGGGAGAACAUGCAAACUCCACACUUGCGGGGCCGGGGAUUGAACCCCGGUCCUCAGAACUGUGAGGCAGACGCUCUAACCAGUCGGCCAUACUUUAUCCAUACUUUUACAAAUGUCUUCAAAUUUUCCUGUUUAUAACAUAACUGUACGCUCACCAACCAGUUCCUUAGAUACACCUGGACAGUCAAAUCCAUUUUGAAAUCAUGAUGCUCAGUUAUGGUUGACACAAUCAGGUGUUGGGGGGGGCUAAACAGUUAUCAGAUUUCUACUACUGGAUUCAAUGUGGACGUGCAGUUGGAUCCUGGCACGUGUCCCUUAACCCACCCUGUAAUAAAAAUGUCAAAAUAGAAUGGCCACUCAAUAGGGCAUGGACCGCUGCCAAGGCUAAAUGAUCUAAUUUGAUGACUUGUGUCACCAAUUUGUGCAACUUCAAUAUAUCCUUAAGUUGGGAUGUCUGUCCAGAUUUGCGCCAUAAUUGAAUAGGUUUUUUUCUUUGUCACACCCUACAACAAAGAUUCAUGGUAACUGCUAAAGUACUAGGGGCAGUCAAAAUUUAAUGAGCCCAAUUUAAGUUGAACCUACUACUAAUCAAUUUCAUUUUUUUCAGGAAUUUUCACAGUUUGUAGUUUAAAUACUUGUUUGAUGGUUCUUUUUGUUUCAGACUGUCCUCUUUCUGUCAGCCAUUUGUGGAUGGCUGACAGAAGCGGAGACCUGUGAUUAAAUUUCUUGCUUUGGAAGAGGAACCAGCACUAAACAUUUUCAAAAGGUUGCAAAAUGUGUACUGGGAAACUGCAAUAGGCUACAGCACAGUCAAAAAGUAGGUGUCCAGGAUCAGGGGUGAAGAAAAAGACCUCCAUGACAAGCAAAGGAGCUCAUAAAGUUCAUAAAGUUUCUUUGGCUGGACCCCCGUAACCCAUCACCCAUACUCACCUGAUCUGGCACCAUCGGUGUUGAGAGAACGUGAGAUUAUAUUGAAAAGUAAGAAUGGAAGCCACACUUUUUGAGCUUCAUUUCUAUGCCUUUCUAUUGCAAUAAAUAAAGCUCGAGGAAAAAUUGGGCUCAUUACUUUUUGACUGCCCCUCACAGUUUUGCAUAUUGCUGAUUACUAAUAGUCAUUAAAUAAAACAUCAUCUUCUGAGGUAGGCAGUACUUUAGCAUGUUUCUGUUUAUAAAGGCAGACUUUUUGAUAGCUUGUGCAGGUGUACCUAAUGAGGUGUCCAGGGUGAACAUCAUUCGGUUAUUUGCUUCACAUUACAUCUCGACGCGCCAAGAAGAAAAAAAACACACACACACACACAAGGGAGCAAACAAAACAGUUGUCCGUUAUACAACAAGAAUGUAAUGCGUCAUUUCUUUGUUGAACUCGUCAACAAUGAGAUUAAAUGUUUCUAAGGAAGUAUAGAAUAUGAAGAAAAUGAUGCUCGGACGAUAUCCUGCACUUUAUUUCAAGCAGCCAUUUAACGCAGCAGCUCUGCAGUCAGGUCAAAACAACUUUUAUUUCGUUUUUUUUUUAUUGAUUUAUGAAGUGACUAAUGCUAACCAGACAAGUUGGCAUCCAUUUUCAGAUGACGCCCUCAAAAGCACAAACACUUCUGUACAAUUGUUCGUGUUCUCUUUAUCUUUCUCCAGUUGAAUUAUAUAGUAUAUAGAGAAUUUUGAUUUUAUUUUAUUAUUAUUUUUUAAUUGUUCACCAUGUUGAGGAAGGUUAACCUCUGGGUGAUUUCCGGACGUAAAUGCGUUGAACUGAUCUGAUUAGGAGGAUUUAUUUAGAAUUUUUGUUUUGUUCACAGUCUGCGGCAAUUAUGGGUUUUUGAUUGUUUGGAAGAUAAAAGACAUUCUCAUACACACAUGAAAACCAGAAGAGGAAAAAGAUUGCUUUGUCAUGCAGUGGCAUAGAGUGGGUAACCAAGUUCCACCAGACUUGUGUUGAGCUUUUUUCCCCCCCUUUAGGGCCACUGAAUUUCUUGCUCAUGUCCAGAAAGUUUACAAACUACUGUACAUUUGUUUGAAAUAUUGCACAUCACUUUUUUUCCAUCAACAAGUUAUGCAAAUGUCAGUCUGAGAAGGAAAAGAAAACGUAGUACGAUACACCCAAUUGUUGGUUAGUACGUAUUAGUAGUUAGCGGAGCGAUACAGCAACUUGGCAAUUUUGAUUUAAAAAAAAUGAUGACUGUCGAACGCAAUCACUUUUGAAACGCUGCUUGACCGCCAACUUCUUUACAAUAGAAAAAAAAAAAAGUUUGAAUUGAAAUUGAAAACUGUUGCUAUCAUAAAACCUUUAUUGACUCUACGUGCAAUGUUUUAAGAAAUAUUUAGACAUUCUUAGCGGCCAUGUGUAAAAAAAUAAUUUAACCCAUGUUAAUAUUAUGUUAAAACAAUACAACAAGACAUUAUGAUGAUGACUGACGAAUAGCGGCCUCACAUUUUUCAUAGAAGUGUAAAAGUUAACAACAAUAAAACGACUUUUAAAAUCAACUAACAAUAGCGGCCAGCCAGACAGCGGAGUGAUGAAGGUUGAAUAUCAGAGUUUUUGUCUAACUUUUGAUUCCCCCACCCAAAUUUAUGGUCAAAUUGUCAGGGGCAUACAUUAUACAAGUAUAUUUAUCUCCUUUUAAAAUGUCACUCCAAUUCACAGACCCUCUUAUUGCUACGCCACUUUGCUUUUACAAAGGAUGAGCUUUGCGCAAAUGCACCCCAGAAUCCAUCGCAGUACCAUUUAGGGAUUGGCGUAACAAGUGAGUAGUCGAUUAAUCGAUUGUUACGUGUUUGGCCAUUGUGUACAAGUGACUUUUGAUCUGUGGAGUCGUGUACUACUUAGCCUCAACCAGAAAAUACUAUAUGUUGUCGAGUCAGUCUCAACUACUUUGUAUUCUUAAGAACAUGACCUCAGCUCAUGCUAUUUGUUACGGUUAGCAUUUUGAUUUUUUUAAAUUGAAACAAUUGACAUUAACAUAAUAUUAAAAUAAACAUAUCUAUGGGGGAAAACAAAUUUAAUAUGAAUAUAAUAAUUUACAAAUACAGUAAAUGGUUAAAUAAUCGGUAGAGGAAAUGUAGUCAGAUGUUGAUUUUUCGUACCAAUAAAUGACUACCAGGAGGCAUAAAAACUGAAGAUAGAUAUAUACAAGACACUGGACGCACAGAAAUAAAGAGAUUGUAUCAAUCUUGUCACCUGACUUGUCAUCUGAGUUACAAAAGAGCCUACUUCUCGAAAAUGCACACUUUUUAAACAGAUGCUAGUAAGUAACGCCUAUUGAUCACUAACAUUAAUUUUGGGAGCAGUUAGCAAGCAAAACCAAAUGUGAGGAUUCAGGGGAGAUCCAUACAGGAAGGACACAGUUGUGAAUGUUUCUUAUUCCUAGUUGGGGGGGGGGGGGGGGGAACAAAAACAUUUUUACAAAAUAGCUGACGAGUGGCAGUGGCAGCGGAGGAGAGAUGCUGAAAAGAGAUUUUAAUUGUGGAGAUAAUGUAAUUCCUAGUGGUAUUAAUAUUAUUGUUCUCUAUGUUUUAUGUUAAAAUGUGAUACACACGUGGUUACGUCAUUCGGAUUGACUCAUUUCCUUCCCGCUUAUUUUUGUCUUUUUCUUUUUUCUACAGCAGAACUGUUUUUUGCUAUAUUUAAUAUGAUUGAUGUGACUUAUUAAAGAUAUGAAGACAAAUAUGUGUUCUGUACAUAUAAACAAAAUAAUAAUAAUACAGGCAUGUACAUAGUUUGGCGUCACUACUUUCAUACACUGUUUUCGCAACACUUGUUCCUUUGUCUGAUUAAUUUUUUAUUUUUUUUUUGCUAUGUUGUUCUUUAUUUUCUAAAGAAGUGUAAAUAGAGCAGCUCACACGAAUGAGAACAAAACACUAUGAGAGCCUGGAAAUGGUGCCAUACUGCUGAGUCUUCUAACGUCGGCGAUAUAAUGUGAAGUCAAACAUGCUAACGACAGGACAAGGUUGUUUGCGCUUUGUCUUCUGUUCUUCCUUCUUAUAAAAAAAAAAAAAAGAUCUCAGUGAUCAUAUUGUUGGACGAAUAAAUGAAUAAACACCGACAUGUUUGCGAGCCUGUUGACUGACAUCCUCCCACAACAAGGGGACGCCCUACCAUCUUUGUCAGUAACAAUUUCAUGUGCGAGCCCGAACACGUAAAGGUGCUUUGUGUAGCAUUUUGACAUCAAUAAAUCAUUGCCACAUUAA